AUGACGUCCAAGAUUGACAAGACAAUUGCUCGGCAGCAAGAAAAAAUCGCUGCAGGCUCCUACUACGAAGCUCAUCAACAACUCCGCGUCAUCGCCGCCCGCUACCUCAAACAAAGCAACUACGAUGCCGCUGCCGAAAUCUUAACAGGCGGCGCAAAAGCGCUCUUGAGGGCUGGUUCGCAGCAGGGCGCCUCUGCGAGUGGUGGAGACUUGGCAAUUAUGCUUGUCGUUGAGGUCUAUAAUAAGGCGGAGUGGGAGAUUAGUGCAGAGGAUGCGGAGUCGAGGGGACGGAAGAAACGUCUGAUUGAAUUGCUGCGCGAGUUCCCUCCGGAUGAGCCAUCGCGGAAGAGAUAUAUAAGCGAGAUGAUCGGUUGGAGUUCAAAGUUUGGUCCGUUAGAGCGUGGAGAUCCGGAACUUCACCAUGCUGCUGGAUCUAUUUAUGCUGAAGAAAACGAGCCAUACGAUGCAGAGCGACAUCUCGUCCUCGGUACUACCGACUCCGCCGAAACACUGGCAAAAUUAGAAUUCGAAUGGUACACAAGCGACGAAGCGCAUACAGCAGCCAUUUACGCCUCCAGAGCGGUCUUCCCAUUCCUCCUCACGGCAAACCUGCGCAGUGCCAACAAAGCCCUCCUCAUUUUUACAUCGCGUCUCUCAGCUGCGAAUCCUUCACUCGCUUCGCAACAAGUCAGCAGCACAAGCUCUGAUGUACGAAUCUAUCCAUCACUACCGUUACUAAAUUUCCUCAACCUUCUCUUGAUUGCCGUUCAGCGCGGUAGUGCAGAUCUAUUUCGGGAUUUGACGAGGCAUUACACCCCUCAUAUAAAAGAGGUUGGUAUCUGGGAUGAUGCGUUGGCGAGUAUCGGAGAAAUGUAUUUCAAUAUCAAGAUCCCGAGACAGGGAAACCCGUUGUUGGAUAUGAUGGGUAGCAUGUUUUUCGGAGGUGGUCAGGGUGGUGGUGGUAACCAGCGAGGAUCGGGGCGUCAGACCAGGAAGGUGGAGGCGGCUCCGGCCAGUGCAGAGUUGGACUGA